GUGUAGCAAGAUGGCGGUGGUUAAAUGGUUUUGUUGAAAGGAGGGGCCGGUAUACAUUAUCCCUCCCCUCGGUCGCCUUUUGCUGUCACUGUGAGCUCAGUGCCGGGGCUGGAGGAGUAGAGGAGCCCCGGGAUCAUGGAGAGUAAUAAAGAUGAAGCCAGUCGGUGCUUACAGAUCGCAAAGACAGCGCUGAUCGUCGGGGACCGAGAGAAAGCCAGAAAAUUCCUGACCAAAGCCGGGAAGCUGUAUCCCAGCUCAGAGGCCCGCGAACUACUGGCAAAACUUGAAAAAGCCGACAGUGCAACAAGGAAUGGACCGCAGACCGCAAAGGCUUCAAAUGUAGAAGAGCAACUCAAGCAAAAUGCAGAGAAGGAAAAUACUGCUGGGGAUGCUGUAAAGAGUUACACAAAGGAGCAGAUGGAAGGCGUGCAAAGGAUAAAGAGCUCUAAAACCUAUUACGAUGUGCUGGGUGUGAGUACUGAUGCUGGAGAAGAAGACCUAAAGAAAGCCUACCGGAAACUUGCAUUGAAAUUUCAUCCAGAUAAAAAUCAUGCACCGGGAGCCACCGACGCUUUUAAAAAGAUUGGGAAUGCAUAUGCGGUAUUAAGCAAUCCAGAGAAACGGAAGCAAUAUGACCUGUCUGGAACUGAGGAGCGCAUGCAUACCAACCACCGAAAUGGUGGUUUUGAUUAUCAUAGAGGAUUUGAGGCCGAUAUAACUCCUGAAGAUUUGUUUAACAUGUUCUUUGGAGGAGGCUUCCCUUCAGCAAAUGUUCGUACAUAUUCUAAUGGACGCACAACAUCUAGCCAUCACCAACAUCAACAUCAUAGUGGUCAUGACAGGGAAGAUGAAAGGGGAGAUGGUGGAUUCUCCAUGCUUAUUCAACUAAUGCCUAUAAUUGUAUUGAUACUAGUGUCCUUGCUUAGCCAGUUAAUGGUCUCCAAUCCUCCAUACAGUUUAUAUCCCAGAUCUGGUCAAACCAUCAAGCGCCUAACAGAAAAUCUUGACGUUCCAUAUUACGUAAGCAAGGAUUUUCAGUCUGAAUAUAGUGGUAAGUCGCUGCAGAAGUUGGAAAAGAAUAUUGAAGAGGAUUAUGUGGCUAAUGUGAGGAAUAACUGCUGGCGAGAGAAACAACAGAGAGCUGAUCUACUACAUGCAGCAAAAGUAUACAGAGAUGAUAGACUGCGAGUGAAAGCCGAUACAAUAUCUAUGCAAUACUGCAAAGAACUUGAGCGAUUGACUUCGAUCUAUCGAGGAGGAUGAUAAGCCACAAACGUUUGUCUGCAUAGAAAUACAAUUACUUUCUUCCUUGUAAAUAUAAGAACUACUUUAUCGUGAACAGCGAUGCAGGGAGUGAAACAUGACCCGGCUAUCAAGCUCAUCGUAUAUUUCCGAUACAACUUGAAGGUCACGGAGUCAUUUUUAUGUUUUUAUGUUUCCUGGCUUUCGUUCCAAUGACAUGUAACCUAAUUAUGACGGUGUGUAAAAUUUAGAUACAACACAAUGGCCACAUUUUUCCAGGUUCAUGUGUGUAGUGUAAAUAUUUCACAGAAAUGUCUUGUAUAUAAGAGUUAAUGCAUUUAUAUGUACAUUUUUGUCCCCGUGAUUAAAAGAAUCCAUUUAAUGUGAAUCUAACACCAAAAAAGUAUUUGUUUUAAUUGAUACUUUCAUUGUAGCUGGUCAAUUUAACAUGAGCUUUCAC